GUCGUGGGAUGAUGACGUCUACUCCCGGCGCGGGCUUGUGACGCGGCGCGGCCCGUUGUCUGUGUGGGGCUGAGGAGCCCGGAGGGCGGUGGGCGCUCCCAUUGGGAGCGGCGCGGGGUUGGCAGGGCCUGGACAUGGCGCUGAGGGGCCGCCCCGUGGGAAGAUGAAUAAGGGCUGGCUGGAGCUGGAGAGUGACCCGGGCCUCUUCACCCUCCUGGUGGAAGAUUUCGGUGUCAAAGGGGUGCAAGUGGAGGAGAUCUACGAUCUUCAGAGUAAAUGCCAGGGGCCUGUUUAUGGAUUUAUCUUCCUGUUCAAAUGGAUCGAAGAACGCAGGUCCCGACGAAAGGUUUCUACAUUGGUGGACGAUACGUCAGUGAUCGAUGAUGAUAUUGUGAAUAACAUGUUCUUUGCCCACCAGCUGAUUCCCAACUCUUGUGCCACUCAUGCCUUGCUGAGCGUGCUUCUGAAUUGCAGCAAUGUGGAUCUGGGGCCCACCCUGAGUCGAAUGAAGGAUUUCACCAAAGGCUUCAGUCCAGAGAGCAAAGGAUAUGCAAUUGGCAAUGCUCCUGAGCUGGCCAAGGCACAUAAUAGCCAUGCCAGGCCAGAACCACGUCACCUUCCUGAGAAGCAGAAUGGUCUCAGUGCAGUGCGGACCAUGGAGGCAUUCCACUUUGUCAGCUAUGUGCCUAUUACAGGGCGGCUCUUUGAAUUGGAUGGCUUGAAAGUCUACCCUAUUGAUCAUGGGCCCUGGGGAGAGGAUGAGGAGUGGACAGAUAAAGCUCGACGGGUCAUCAUGGAACGAAUCGGCCUUGCUACUGCAGGGGAACCCUACCAUGACAUACGCUUCAACCUGAUGGCCGUGGUGCCUGACCGCAGGAUUAAGUAUGAGGCCAGGCUACAUGUAUUGAAGGUGAACCGACAAACAGUCCUGGAGGCCCUGCAGCAGCUGAUUAGAGUAACACAGCCGGAGCUGAUUCAGACCCACAAAUCUCAAGAGUCACAACUGCCUGAGGAGACCAAGCCAGCAAGCAGCAAGUCCCCUAUCGGGCUGGAGGCAGGCAGGGCCCCAGCGGCCUCUGAGUGCGCUCACACAGAUGGUGCAGAGGAGGUGGCUGGUUCAUGCCCACAAGUUCCGACCCACAGUCCUCCCAGCAAAUCUAAGCUGGUGGUGAAACCUCCAGGGAGCCUCAAUGGGGUUCCCCCAAACCCUGCUCCUAUUGUCCAGCGGCUGCCAGCCUUUCUAGACAAUCACAAUUAUGCCAAAUCCCCUAUGCAGGAGGAAGAAGAUCUGGCGGCAGGUGUGGGCCGCAGCCGAGUUCCGGUCCGACCACCCCAACAGUACUCUGAUGAUGAAGAUGACUAUGAGGAUGAGGAGGAGGAUGUGCAAAACACCAGUUCUGCCAUCAGAUACAAGCGGAAGGGGACAGGGAAGCCAGGAUCGUUGAGCAAUUCUUCAGAUGGGCAGCUGUCAGUGCUACAGCCCAACACCAUCAAUGUCUUAACUGAGAAGCUCCAGGAGUCUCAGAAAGACCUGUCAAUUCCUCUGUCCAUCAAGACUAGCAGUGGGGCUGGGAGUCCAGCUGUGGCUGUGCCCACACACUCGCAGCCUUCACCCACCCCUAGCAAUGAGAGCACAGACACAGCCUCUGAGAUUGGCAGUGCUUUCAACUCACCCUUGCGCUCGCCCAUCCGCUCGGCCAACCCAACACGGCCCUCCAGCCCUGUCACCUCUCACAUCUCCAAGGUGCUUUUUGGAGAAGAUGACAGCAUUCUGCGUGUUGACUGCAUGCGCUACAACCGUGCUGUGCGUGACCUGGGUCCUGUCAUUAGCACAGGACUGUUGCACCUUGCUGAAGAUGGUGUACUGAGUCCCCUGACGCUCACAGAGGGUGGAAAGGGUUCCUCACCUUCUACCAGAUCAAGCCAAGGCAACCAGGGGUCCAGCAACCUAGAGGAGAAGGAGCUUGUGGAAGCCACAGAUAGCAGAGACAAGUCUGGGAUGAACAGGUCCAGUGAGCCCUUGAGUGGAGAGAAGUAUUCACCUAAGGAACUGCUGGCACUACUAAAGUGUGUAGAAGCGGAGAUUGCAAACUAUGAGGCUUGUCUCAAGGAGGAGGUGGAGAAGAGGAAGAAGUUCAAGAUUGAUGACCAGCGAAGGACCCACAACUAUGAUGAGUUUAUCUGUACCUUCAUAUCCAUGCUGGCUCAGGAAGGUAUGCUGGCCAACCUAGUGGAACAGAACAUCUCUGUGCGGCGCCGCCAAGGGGUCAGCAUUGGUCGGCUUCACAAGCAGCGGAAGCCUGACCGGCGGAAACGCUCUCGGCCCUACAAGGCCAAACGCCAGUGAGGACCUCUGGCCCUGAUUCUGCAGCCUCUCUUGCCGCAAGGCCCUCACCAGGGCUCCUCCCUGUCCCACUCUUCUUUUCCUAGUAUUACUGAGUAGUUCAGCCAGAGCUCAGGCCCUGGGAGUGGGAAUAAGCUGUAUGUCCUGCAUAUACUCUGUGGCCUGGCAGGGGCAAGUCAGCCCUAUAAUGCUCAGGAAGCAGCAGUUGAAACUGGAGGGUGCUGUGGCCUCUAACCAUCUAUGGAGCAGCAGCAGGACCUGGCCUUGUUGCCUGGGCAGCAGGAUAUACAUUUUACCUAUUGGAGAAGUCUGGUUUUUGGGCUCUUGCCCCUCUUGCCACUGUAUUAUGGCCAGCUUCCUGACUCUGCUUUCUCUCCCAGCAGCUGUCAUCCUGCUGGGGAUGACACCAGGGUCCCAGCUGGGAAACUGAGAAGGCAUUGGCCCUGGUGCUCCAGCCCCAGCUACUAGCCUGUCCUUGUUGUGAGGAAGCUUGGCCUACUCUUUAUUCCUCUUGGGAGAGAGCCAAACUCAGGGACCUGGCUGCUGAGCUAGAAUGGAUAUGGGGUGUCCUAGUAGGAUGCACAGCCUACCGGGGUCCCACAGCUAUAGUGGAGAGAAGUGUUGAAUUGUCCCAGUGGCAUGCAGACUCCUACUUCCAUCCAGACUUGCUAAUGCUGUCAAAGCAAGGCUCUGGGGCUCUUCGUCUUCAGUGUUGUGGCCCUGGCUAUGGGCCUACCUUGGGCUCCUAAUCUCUGUUUCUGGGGUUCAGAGGAGCCUCUGCCCAGCCCCUCAGUAUUACCAUGUCUCCCUCCUUUUAGGGAUAUUAGAGACAGGGCUGCUUGAACGAAACUGGUACCACUCAAUUCUCCCUACUGUACCAGCUUCCUUGGCCUCUUGCAAGGUACUCAGGGCAGGGGACAGGGUCAAGAUGAGUUAGAACGCCUGUGUUCCCAGAGGGCUUGAUGACAAGGUGUAGUAAGCACAGCACUGCUUCAAGCUCCAGCCCCAAACAGCCCUGUGCCCUCUGCUAGAUUUAGGGGAUCCAAGCAGGCCCUUUAUCUGUAUAUAGUAACUGUGGGGGAGAUGGUGCAGCAGUCUUACCCCACUAGUUCUGUAAAUAUUGGAUAAGUGAGUGAAUAAAAGUGUGCUAAUAAGUGA